CUCUUAGUCAACACAGCGCUUCACGGGUCAGGACAUAAAGGAGUGUGGGGUCUCUAAAGCAUCUAAACCGUCUCCGUACACCAUCUUUCUCUCAUACAGGACACUGAAAAGGCAGAUCAUCAAGCAAGACCUUCUCAUUGGUCUCUCUUUUCCUAGUCAUUCUGCUCGCUCAGACUUGGAUAGAGGACAACAAUACAGUUCUCAGUGCUUCUCGGACUGUGGGAGCAGAAGGCAACAUAAAGUCCGGACUGCUAAAAAGGAGCGUCUUUGUGAUGGUUUAUUCCAGGAACAGAUGGACUUUACAGUGGACGUUUCUUUUGACUCGCUUUUAAAGUCUUCGCUGACUUCGACACAAAGUCAUCUGUGAACCGAGACCUGUUACUUGGGACCAUAUAUAUAUAUAUAAAAAGGUGAAGAUGAGGUCAAGGACCAGUGACAUGGAGGGGCCAGAGAACAGACCACUGAAGCCACUCGCAAAAAUACACACCAUUGAGAAAGAGGGAAGCAAAGCGGAGCUGCUGAUGAAGAAAAGCAGAGAGCAGGAGGAGAAGGAGAGCAGCGAGGAGAAAGCUGACGUCUGCGGGACUCUCAAUAAGCCUCAGAAACAUUGCAGGAAGCAGAUGAAGAGAGCCGGACUGAUGGAGCUGUCCAAAGAAGAUCUGGUCCAUCUGCUGGGGGUCAUGGAGGGAGAAGUGCAGACUCAAGAGACUGCUGGAGCAAGAGAAGGCAUACCAGGCUCGCAAGGACAAGGAUCACAGCAAACGUCUUGAAAAAAUUCAGGAGGAGUUGGUAAAGUUGAAAUCAUUUGCCCUGAUGCUUGUGGAUGAAAGGCAGCUUCACAUCGAACAGAUUGACCAGCAGAAACAGAGGGUCCAGGAUCUUGGCAAAAAGCUACAUGAAAAAGAGCAGCAGUUGGAGAUCAUCAACAGCAAAGCUAAAGAAGACAGCCAGGAGAUCAAGAGACUGGAGCUCGACAUUGAACAUAAGGCCUUUAAAUUUUUGCAGGAACAUGAGGAGAUGACCGCCAAGCUGGCCAAACAGGAGUCUGAAAGUCGACAGCUGCGACUAAAGCUGGCCGGCCUGUCCCGCAGGAUUGAGGAGCUGGAGGAGACCAAUCGCACCCUGCAGAGGUCUGAGGAGGACCUUCAAGACCUGCGGGACAAAAUAAGCAGAGGAGAAUGUGGGAACUCGAGUCUAAUGGCUGAGCUGGAAAACCUUCGGAAGAGAGUUCUGGAAAUGGAGGGCAAGGAUGAGGAGAUCACAAAAACAGAAGCACAGUGUAAGGAGCUAAAGAGGAGGCUUCAGGAUGAGGAAAAUCACAGUCGUGAGCUGAAACUGGAGGUUGAGAAACUCCAGAAGAGGAUGGUGGACAUGGAGAAACUGGAGGGAGCUUUUAAUGUGAGCAAAUCUGAAUGUUCCCAGCUGCACUCCAACCUGGAGAAAGAAAGAACCUUGACGAAGAGCUUGGCGUGUGAGUUGGAAAUGGUGAAAAACCAUAUUAAAGAUCUUGAAUGUUCAGAAUCGAGACUGGAAAAGGCAGAGGUGGGUUUAAAAGACGACUUGACCAAAUUAAAGUCUUUCACGGUGAUCCUGAUGGAUGAGAGGAAGAGCAUGGCAGAGCGAAUCAAGCAAGAAGAGCUGAAAAGUGAAGAGUUGAACAAGCUGUUUAAAGCAGAGCAAUGCAAGGUCAUGGAGGUCACGGAAAAGCUAAUUGAGGAAAGUAAGAAGCUUCUUAAACUGAAGUCCGAAAUGGAGAUCAAAGUGUCGGCUAUUACUAAGGAAAAAGAUGACGUGAAGUCUCAACUUGCAAGUGAGGAAGAGAAGCGACAGGAUCUCAGCAUAAAGUUAUGUCAGAUGCAAAGCAAAAUGGAUGAGCAAGAGGAGGCUGAGUGGCAGUAUUCAAGAAACCGAGCGAAUGUGGACAAAGUUGGAUUUGCUGAAGAGGACAACAAGGUUAAGGAGCUCACAGUGGAGAUUGAGAGACUCAGGAACCGUCUUAAACAACUUGAAGUGGUGGAAGGUGAUUUGUUGAAGACUGAAGAUGAGUAUGACAUGCUUGAGAAGAAGUUCAGAACUGAGCAAGACAAGGCUAACACUCUUUCCCAACUCCUAGAGGAAAUGAAGUCGCAGAUCACCAAGAACAAGGCUAUAGAAAAAGGAGAAUUGGUGAGCCAAGAAGCUGAGCUGAGGCUACGCUGCAAGAUUGAGGAGGCCAAAACAAGAGAUCUCAAAGCUGACGUAGAGGCACUAAAGGAGAAGAUCCACGAGCUUAUGAACAAGGAGGACCAACUCUCUCAACUUCAAGUGGACUACACUGUUCUCCAGCAGAGGUUUGUUGAGGAAGAGGAUAAAAAGAAAAACAUGAGUCAAGAGGUUGUCAAAUUAACCAAAGAGUUGGAGGCUACCAAACGUUACAGCCGUGCCCUUAGACCCAGCAUGAAUGGAAGAAGGAUUGUUGACGUUCCUCUUACUUCCACAGCAGUACAGACUGACGCAGAUAUAAACGAAUACACCGAAGAUGAGACUCCGGCAGUGUUUAUUCAGAAGUCGGUUCUGGAGGAAAAUCACAUCAUGAGUAAUCUGAGGCAGAAAGGUCUUAAGAAGCCAACUGUGUUGGACCGUUAUCCACCGGCAGCUACAGAUUUGGGGAUGAGAAAGUCUUGGAACCCUUGGAUCAAGAAGAAAGAAGCUGUUACAAUCACUCAGGAUGUUCCUGCAACCCAACAGGUCAAUGGAACAACAUCACGACAGUCACCAGAAAUAACCAUGUCUCAGAAAACAGGUCAGCCCCUUCAUAUUAAGGUGACUCCAGACCAUCUAAGCAGCACUGCCACAUUGGAGAUCACCAGUCCACGUGCUGAGGAUUUCUUCUCUAGCACUACUAUCAUCCCAACUCUUGGGCUCCAAAAACCUCGCAUAACAAUCGUUCCUACUUCCAUGUUGCCAAAAUCGAAGGUCAACGAAGGGGCAACAGAACGAAUGAAGUCUCCAGUCACCAUAACUGCCAUCUCCAGAGCUAAAUCUCCAAGCAAAAGCUCAGAGCAUCCCACUUCUCCUCUGUCUAUUAUAACUGUUAGUGCGACCCCGGUGUCCCAAACAUCCCCGGAGCCCCAUGAGAUGACCAUGGGUAGAGCGGUAUUCAAGUUGACUCCUGAAAAGCAGACAGUUCCUUCACCCAUCCGCAAAUACAACUCUAAUAUUAUAACCACAGAGGACAACAAGAUCCAUAUCCACCUGGGGUCACCUGGGUUCAAGAAAGCUCAGGAUGAGCGAAGCGGCACCGUGACCGUCUGGCCUAAUGGGUUGAGUUCAGACGGUAAGGAGAUGCCAACAGGGACGGUUCUGCGUUCUCCUAGACAGACGUCUGCUAAUAUCGGGAACAUGAUCCAGGGAAAGGUGACCAGUAGCAUCACGAUAACCCCCAUCACCUCGGCACCAUCCAGGUCAACUCAGUCUGUGAAUGGAACGGAUGUGCAAUCAUCUCGCUCCACGGCCACAAGAAUCCCCAUGUCAAAAGAGAAUGUUGUCCUCCAUGUGAAUCGAGAGCCGCGCUGAAAAGGCUGCGUUUUGGAUGAUUUCCGUAUAAUAUGCCUGACUGAAGGGUCUCUACACCUGCCCUGCAUUCAAACGCACCCAUAAAACCAGGCGCAAGUCCAGUUCAAGCAGGAGGAUCUGUCGUGCGGCGGCACAGAUGAAGCACGCAUGCACCGAUUAUUCCAACGCAAUCUCAUGGCAAUUCGUAACAUUUUGAUUUUGUGGAUAAUUCGUAUGAAUUCGUACGAUCUAAUUCAUACAAUUUUGUACGAUUUGCUCAUCACCCAAUGACAGUUGUCGCACAUUUUCAUACAACUGAACUUGUAUGAAUUUGUACGAUUUAGCCACUAAACUGACAAAGCGUAAAAUACUUACGUUUCCUCGUGAGAUCAGGCUGGAUUACUCCAGGGAAUCAAACAGCAGAUCGAUGAGUGAAGCAUAUGGGAUGCUUCGGUCAGUGAAGCAUGUGGAGAAAAAUGAAACAAUUGAACAGUGUAGAGCAUAUAAUAAAGAGAGACAUGCUGGAAAUAAAGAUAAAUACAGAUGGAAAAAAGAUGACAUUAGAACUAAUAUUAGGCAAUAGAAUGUAUAAUAAUAAAAAUAAAAAUUUUCAAAGACACAGGAAAUUUAAGCAGAAUAUAUAUAUUUUUUCUCUUUUCCUGUCUCGUUGUCACUCCACUCUCCAGCACAGUUGGUGGUAAUGCGUCUAAAAUUUGCAACCCAGGCUCAUUGUGAUUGCGUCUCCCUAUUUACAUUUCUGGAAAGAGUAAAAUAUAUCCCUGGAGGUAUGUUUUUUUUGGCAGUUUUUGUUUUCGCGAAUCCACCAGAAGCCGAUGUGUUCGCUUUUUCAGAUCUAAAAUUUCUCUCGCAAGUGCCAUUCGCGUCUGCUGUUCCCACAUAAAUCCAACAGAGGCUGCAGUCGACUGACUGACAGAAUGACUAAUCGAUCCCCCCACCUUCCUCUUUCCCCAAACCCAAUCAAUAGUGUUUUCUAAAGCACCGAUUGACCCGCCCACCCCUAAACCCAACCGAUAGUGUUUUCAAAAGCAAUCCAGAAAAAGGAAAGCCCUUGGCUAAUUUUACCAUGCUUUCAGGUUUUACCCCUUUCUCACCUUGUUAUUUACUUGUUUAUAUAUUUUUUUGGCUUCUGUUCUUGUCUUAUCUUGCUUUCUGGAACCGUUCUUCACCAGACUCGAACCACGUUGUCAUGGUCAACUACUUUUUGCAUCUCAAGUCCGCCAGCGUACAUGUCGAGCUACUGGGCAAACGUAACAGUGGGAAAGCCGUCCUUAUGAAGGUAAGCGGUCAGUUGGUAGCACGAAAAUGAUUUGCGUCAUACUGACCCGUAUCGUUCGUUUUAAAGAUGAAAUGCAGCCAUACGUAGCUCUGGCUACAUAAUUCAUGAUCUCCAGAAAUAUAUGUAGGGCUACUUUUUCAAAGUGAGCCUGUGUUGCAACGUUGGCUUGCCUAUUGCCACUAAACAUCAGAAAAAGAAGCAUACAGGUUGCUGCUACUGGUAAAGAAAGUUUGAGUGAAAGAAGACAAACAGCACACUAGAAGUUAAGCCAUGCGAAAAGAGGUGUGUUGUAAGAGUAAAUGUUUCACCCCAGUCUAUAUUAAAUCAUUAAAUAUAUCUACAUUCUUAUUUUGAACAAUUUAUCAGUUUGUACUGUUUUGAAAUGCAUCUAAAUGUUUUCAUUUUGUUAACUUCUAUUUCUUUGUGCACAAUUACAAAAUAAGAGCCCUUCAAAGAAACUUACAGCUGUGUUUCUGGAUUUAAAAAACUGACUGAUUCCACAGGCCAGACUCACCUCAACUUGAUAGCUCACCUUGUCGCUCUCUCUUUUCAGAUAUGUCUAAAUUAUAAAAUAAAAGCACCCUAAAUCCUCUG